AUGACAACACCAGCAUACACUCUUUUAUGUAUACGAUCUUUCAUGUUUUUACUAUGUUUCAGCAUUGGCUUUGGUCGUAAAAUCCUAAAAGAUAACCUCGUUGAAGCAACCGAGCUUAGAGCCGCUCUGGUCACUAACUCCGAAGCUACUGAUAUUUCGAGUAUUAUUGGUUUGGGAGAGGUGGGAAGCCAUCAAGAGAUGCAUCACAUUUACAUAGGAACAGGUAAAGAUCCGAGUCUUGGAAAUAAACAAGACAAUAUAAACUCUGCCCCAAGAAAGAUUAUAAGGGGUACCGUUUCCCUCUCAUUGUCAUUUCCUAUCAUCAAGAUUCGGGUUCCUAUUCCGAAUCCAAAUUUUACGGUGGCCGAGGAAAACCAACUCAAUGAAGAAGAGAUUAAAGGCAUUGUCAUAACUCCAACGAAGACUAAUGAGUUUGGUAUUUCCCUUAAUGGAAAUGGCGGUGCAGAGCUCGGAUUCAGCUACCAAAAACCAUCCCCAACAACCGCAUAUUGA